AUGAAAAAAUGUUUUCCGCAAUCAAAUUCAUCAUUGUGGCAGUACAUGAGUUUGUCCGUCAUGACGUCAAAUUCAAGAAAUCAUGAAUGUGAUCCAGGAGAAACUUGUUGUAUAAGGUCCUAUGGUCAGAAAACAUUUCAAUGCAGUCUGCAAAUUGCAUCAAAUAUGAAAUUAUUAUUAGUUAGGAUGACCCAGAUUGCAGAGGUGGAGAAAAAUGUUGCGUUGAAAUUGAUAAUCGAGUUAAAAGCUUUUAUGUUGAAAGUUUAUUCAAAUGAAUUAGAAAACAAAACUUCUAAACUUCUUCGAAAUAUGAACUUGAAUACUGAUUAUCCUCUUGGCAUAUACACAUGUAAAUAUUCAUUACAAAAAAGGCUUUUAGCAAAUAUCUAUCUAAGAAGUUUACUUUUAAUUUACGAAGGGUUCAUAAAAUAUACAGAAAGUACGCAAACUAAACCAUCAAUAAUUCAAAACAUUGAGAAAGGAUUUUAG